GUUUUCCGCCUCUAGUUUUGAUAUAUUAUCAACAACCCUACAAAAAAAAAAGUCGUCGGAAUAUGCUUAAAAAUAGUAUCCGCAAUACCAUUUAAAUAUGUCGGUGCACUAUAAAUUCAAAAGUACUCUCAAUUUCGAUACGAUUACGUUCGAUGGUCUUCACAUUUCCGUCGGAGACUUGAAAAGGGAAAUUGUACAGCAGAAGCGACUGGGCAAGGUCAUCGACUUUGAUCUGCAAAUCACAAAUGCCCAGAGCAAAGAAGAGUACAAGGAAGAUGGAACCCUGAUUCCCAAAAACACCACACUGAUUAUAUCCCGAAUACCAAUAGCCCAUCCGCCAAAAAAGGGCUGGGAGCCACCAUCGGCGGAAAAUGCCUUUACCGCGGCGCCGACGAACAAGGCGCAGGACAACUUCAAUAUGGACUUGUCCAAAAUGCAAGGCAGCGAGGAGGACAAAAUCCAAGCCAUGAUGAUGCAAAGUACUGUUGAUUAUGAUCCCAAGACAUACCAUCGGAUUAAGGGUCAGUCCCAAGUCGGCGAAGUUCCAGCUUCCUACCGGUGUAACAAGUGCAAGAAGAGCGGUCACUGGAUUAAAAACUGUCCCUAUAUUUUGGGAAAAGACCAGCAGGAAGUCAAACGAAAUACGGGCAUUCCACGGUCUUUUAGGGACAAGCCAGAAGCGGAUCAGGAAGCGCAAUUUGUAUUGCCAGCCGAACAGAACCAAGAGAUACCUGAGGACUUGAUAUGCGGAAUAUGCCGGGAUUUGUUCGUGGAUGCAGUCAUGAUACCCUGCUGUGGUAGUUCCUUUUGCGACGAUUGUGUGCGCACUUCAUUACUUGAAUCGGAGGACAGUGAAUGUCCAGAUUGCAAGGAGAAAAAUUGCUCGCCAGGCUCGUUGAUUCCAAACCGAUUUUUAAGAAACUCGGUUAAUGCCUUCAAAAACGAAACUGGCUACAAAAUCAGUAAUGUUAAAUCGGCUGUUAAGCAUGAAGAGAAGCCGCCCGUGGAAAAAGAAAAAGAAAAAGAAGAGGAACCUCCAGUCGAGGAACCACAGCCGGAGGAGCCAGAGAAACCAGAGAAGGCAGAAAAGCCGGAGGAAACAGAAACCAAUGGCAAAAAGGAGCAGCCCAAGUCGGAGUCACCAGAACCGACUCCGGCUCCUGAAGAGCCGCCAAAGGAGAAGGAAAAGGACAAAUACGAUUCUGAUUAUGAAGAUAAUAUAACAAUAAAAAUGCCCCAGUCAGCGACUGAUUCUGCUCCAAUCUCAAGAAAGGCAUCUCCAAGUUACUCCCAGAAGCCUAGUGAAAGCUCUCACCGGCGAGAAACAAAGUCGGACUAUGCCGAACACGACCAGCACCGUCCAUCAAAGUCCGAGGCUGGCAAGAGUGAACGAAGCCUUCUGCCGACGCCCAUUGGAACGCUUCCAAACUACCAGGGUCACAUGAUGGGCGAGGAGGAACGGCGGGCUGAGGAGGCGCGUCGCUCGAGUGCAUAUAAGCAGUCGUAUAUGCCAAUGCAGAGGGGCCCGCCGCCGAUGCACAUGAUGGGACAUCAUAUUCCAUCCUACAACAACGGGUACAACAGCAUGGGUCAGAGGCCUCCUCUAAGCUAUGUGCCGUAUCAGAACCAAUCCGUACACCCAAUGCGUGCACCGUACGGAUCGUCGGGAGGAAGUAUGAAUAUGAAUAUGUCACAACCAUUUCAGUCCCCAAAUUUAGCAUCUAUAUAUCAAGGUGUAGCCGCCAAAGUCGGUUCUGGGCUAAUCGAUGAUCCCUUGGAGGCCUUUAAUCGCAUCAUGAAGGAGAAGGAGAGGAAGAAGGUGGAACGUUUCCGUAGCUCCGAUCAUCACCGGUCGAGGUCACCGGAUAGGCAGCGUCAUCGGUUCAAGUCGCCGUUAUACGAAAAGGACUCUAUGAGGGAGAAUUCAAAAGACAAGAGGCCCCGUUCUCGGGAGAGAAAGCGGGAAUAUAGCUAUGAGAGGCCCAGUCGUCAUCCUCGUUCGAGUCGGCCACUAAAUGAUGGCUCCAAGUCUCCUGGUAGCCGCAUGAAAAGAUCUGCGCAUCGUCGGUCGACUUCUCCGAAACCUGCCUACAAAACAGACUACAGAGACAAACUAUACAGCAGUAAGCCCUUCGCACCUAAACCGGAUGUCCUUGAGCCUCCGCCGCCUGGAUUCGAGCCGCUGCAGCUUACCGAGGAAGAUGGGUACAGAGGCAAACACCCCACUAACAUGGAAGUGUCUCAUAGUAGCGGCAGCAAGAGCGGUAAGAGGCACGACGAGGGCAGGAGCGAGGAAGUGCCCCGCAAAAGGCAAAGAACCCGCAGCAAAAGCAAGGAGCCCAAGCCGCCGCUUGAUAGCAGCUACAGAAGUCUGACACCGCCGGCCAAGAUCACCACUCCCAAAAUGUCGGCGUCCCAUAUGCGUGAACGCGAGUCCACGCCUAAAACUCCGGAGGCUAUGUACGACGACUACUUGGAGUCGAAGCCUCAAAGCAAGUCGUCAGAUCCGACAGAAACUAAUGAGCCUGAAUCCGGGUCGAAUGUGGGCAAGGAGAACAAGGCCAAAAGUCCUACGGCAUCCAAGGAACGAAAGAAGAAGAAAAAGGACAAGACCGAACGCAAGAAAAGCAAGAAGGAUAAGCGGUCCAAGAAGGAAAAGGGUGAUCGGCAGAAGAAGAGUGCUUCAGUGAAUAGAUCUGACUCCGAUGGCAGUCCCCAGCUAAACGAGCCGCAGGUGAAGUCCAACAGAUCUCCCGAGGCGAGCUUCGAACUGGAACCGGCUUACGCUUCUCCAGUACGUACUGUGGACACUGCAGAAGCUCCUCAGGCUAAGAAGAAUCAUGCUCACGUAGAAGCCACUACUGAGGAUAAGUCCGCCACUAGAAACAAGCGCAACGAUGGCAGCCUUUCAAAGUGGGAGUUGGAGGAAAACAGUUUGAGCUUCAACUUGGAUGACUCCAAGAAGUUUGGCGGCAACUCAGACGAUCCGUCCGAAAUUACUUCAGAGGUUAUUCGCAAGGCGGAGAACGCCAUAUUUGCCAAGGCUAUCAACGCCAUUCGUCCUGUGGAAUUCCAGGUUAUUAUCAACUCAAAGGGCAGCAGCCGGGACCGUUCCAUAUCCAUACGAAAUGACAAGGAACGCUCCGUCUCGCCGAGACGAACCGGCAACAAGUCGGUGAAGGAAAGGCUGGGAAUCAAAGUUGUCCGCGACAGAAGCCGUUCGCCGGAGAAGCCGAAAGACAGGCGAGAGGAUCGCCGGGAAGCUGUACGGAAAGGAUCCGACGAUGAUGCAUCACACCGAGGACGAUCGGACCGACAAGCCAGCAGGAACAGGGAUAAUAGAUCCCGGGACAGAAACGCCACAUCCGAGAAGCGGCAGGGGCAUUCCUACAAACGGGGCUCGUCGCCGGAAGGUGACAGGAAUCGGCGCAACUAUAAAGAGCGUUCCGACAGCAAAAUCGCCAAGCUUGAUCAAAUCAAUAGCGACGACAUGGACCGGAGGGGCCAGCGCAACGCCAAGUCUGGAGAUAAUCGAACAAUUUCCUCGGUGGCAUCCAAGCCGAGCCGGCAGGAGGUAGCGAAGCCGUGCCGGCCGGAUAAUCCAUUUAGAAAGUUUGGGGAAACUAGUGGAACGAGUGGUCUAAUUUUAAAGUAUGAUAACCCAAUGCAUAACGAUGCAAUGUCCUCCGACAACAGUGAUCAGAGGAAGCAAAAGGACAAGAAACUGAAGAAGCAUGGAAAAUACUCGUCCACCGAGUCGGUGAGGAGCGAGAAGCGCAAGGAUCUGAAAAGCAAAAAGAAGAGCAAGAUUUUGAAAAAGAAGAAGAAAUCAAAGAAGUAGAAUAUAUGCGGAUUUGGAUAGGCUAGAGAUUAAGAAAAAAAAAUAUAUAAAUAUUGAAGAUUUCUGUGUACAAAUCAAAGAUUUUUAAUGUAUGUAUUAAUCAUGCAGAUAAGUAAACAAAUAAAAACAGAUCUACUCAAGGAAACAUGAUGAUUGCUAGUAGUACUUGGAUAUAGAUUUUUGAAAUGUAUUAAAUAAAGAGACGCAUUUAAAUUGA